CUACAGGGCUUAUGCAGCUUAUAACCUGCGGUUAUCUAGCACUUCGUUUGACUAGCUAAUUUGAUUAGUCAUGAGAGGCUGCUUCUGUAACAAAUGUUCCAAAUUUCUGGUAGCUUUUAAAGUGAAUUUUAAUUUUUUGUUUUUAUCAAGGUCCAGUGCAGGUUGGUGUGACAGUGAUGAGGGGACACUCUACAUAUGUUAUCCAAAGUUCCAGGCUACUUCACAGCAGAUAUAUAUUUUAGGGUCUGUUCAUCUUCUUCACUCUAGACAUGGAUUGAACAGGGUGUGUCCUAUAAACUAGAACUUAUUCAGGCAGACAUCAGUUAUUUUCAUAUUCCAGUAGCCAGAAAUCAGUACAUGACCUCAUCAAAUCACAAGUGUAGCUCGAAAAACAUGGUUAUUUUGUGGACCAAGAUGAAAAUAAAUAAGCUUUGAAGAUGUCAAUAUGUCAUAGUGAGUUUCUCUAAUUGGAAGAUUUGAAAAGUACUAGCAAGUUCAUUUUGCUACAGACCUAAGCUUGUUCUUCAGUGAGCCGAGUCCUGUGUCUACUAAUUGGUUUUAAAUUCAGCAGGGAAGACAUGGGGAUUAGUUACUGAGUACCCAAAAACCAUGAACAUAGAGGGCUUUUCAACGUAAAUUUUAAAAACAGAGUCUUCAGUCUGGUGUUGAAGCUUUGAUCCUCAAACAAAUCUGAAAUCACAUUCCCGAUAAUGUGGAGGAAUUUCUCCUGCAGAGAGAAUUCAGCUUCAGAGUACAGCAGACAUGGAUGAACGUUUAAAGGAAGCUGACAUCUACCUAGAAGAUAGAUCCACUAAAGUCUUUCAAUGCCAGAGAAAUGCUACACUUUGGGCAUUUGGAAUUGUUCCUACUCUACCUGGGAGCUCUAUACCUUUAUCUCCAAAGGAUAUGAUCACUCCCUAAUUAACACAGUCCACCUCCUGUUCAUAGGAGAAUCCUACUGGUAACCCAGACACAGCUGUGAAUUAGAUCCAUGCUCAUUACCUAGGUUAAUCCAGUCCUUGAUUUCAAUCGCGAAAGGUCAAACGUUUUCCAAAUAUUUAAGGAAAGUGAGGAAGAGAUCAUGAUGCACAAAUAAAACUAAUUCUGGAAGAGGAAAAAAAAGGAUAUAAUACAGGAAACAGAAGAAAACGUGACCAGAAAAUAUUCUCAGAGUUUAAGAAAGACAAGAGGUUUAUAAAAUGAGAACAAGCCGUCAUAGAGGGGAACAACCAGGAGAGAGGCGAAAGUCCUUGGACACUAGAAAAGUUACUGAAGAAUUGACAUCGCGCAGAAGUCAGGCAGUGCCCAAUUCCCUGGGUUGCCACAGAACUCAGCCUGUGUCCCCCACCACCACCACCACUCUGAAGGUAGGCGCUGCUCCGCACCGCCCCCGCCCUCCCGAGGGCGCGCGCCCCUCACCUCCUAACGGUUCCCAGCGCCCACUUCCGCUCCCCUCGCAAACUCUGCGACUACCGCCACUGCCUGGUCUGGAGGAGCCCGCCCUCCGCCAACAGCCGCUCUCACCCAUCAUGGCGGUGCUCCGAGGCCUCCGCCGCCGGCGCCACUGCAGAUACCGAGGCCGCUGCCCCCCCCGGAACCAGCGCCAACGCACCGCUUUACCCUGCCUGCUCCCCGCCCCGGCGCUGCCCGCCCUGGGCCCGCUGUCGCAAGUGCGACACAACUACCACCCCAGCAGCGAGGCCGCCAUCAACAGCCAUGUCAACCUGCAGCUCCACGUCUCCUACGUGUACCUGUCCAUGGCCUUCUACUUCAACCGGGACGACGCUGCCCUGGAGCACUCUGACCGCUACUUCCUGCGCCAGUCACACGAGAAGAGGGAGCACGCUCAGGAGCUGAUGAGGCUGCAGAACCUGCGCGGUGGCCGCAUCUCCCUUCAAGACAUCAGGAAGACGGAGAGCGCAGGCUGGGAGAGCAGGCUCGAGGCCAUGGAGUACGCCUUCCACCUGGAGAAGAGCGUCAACAAGAGCCUCGUGGAGCUGCACCAGCUGGCCAUGGAGAAGGGCGACCCCCAGCUGUGCAACUUCCUGAAGAGCCGCUUCCUCAACCAGCAGGCCAAGACCGUGAAAGAGGUGGGUGGCUACCUGAGCAACCUGCGCAAGAUGUGGUCCCUGGAACCCGGCCUGGCAGAGUACCUGUUUGACAGGCUCACUCAGGGCAGGAGAGAGAGAGAGACCUGAGCCCAGACGGGCCCCACAAUCAGAGGGUGCCUUCCCUGGAUCUGGCCUCCAGGCGGGGCGUGCAUGUUGCCGUUUAAGAACGUUUUCUUCAGUUUUUUUUCCUCUCAGUUUUACCGUUGUUGGUAAUAAAGUUAUCUGUUCUCAAAGCAA